AUGGCGCGGCAGAAGAGACGGAAAAAUGUAACGCAGGAAGAAAUCGCCAUAGAGGAGAUGAACGAAUCUGACGAAUUGAACUCCCCGGGUGAGGGCGAAAAAACAGAAAGGAAAUACAGACAGAAGCGCAAAAAUUACAGGGAGUUGUACACAGAAUACAAUGAAAGGCGAAACAACAAAAUCGAUUUUUCCUAUUAUAUAAAUAUAGAAGCGACGGUUAUGGAGUUGCUGUUAGAUAAUAAUUUGGAAUCUUUUAAAAAUGCAGGGAAGCUUCUUUUUGUCGUUUUGUCUGGCAUGUCCCCCAGAGUGAUGUACGUUAAGAAAGUACUAGAUUUGGUAAAUUAUUUUUUUUACAAAGGAGGGGUUAAAUUUUAUCAUAGUCCUAUGCACCUGAAGAUCCUCCUCUUCAUUUUUAACAGAAUAAAAUCUAGAUAUAUGAUUCCACGUCUGCGCAUUUUUAACCUCCUAAUGUGUAAUAAUAACUUAAAGGAACUGGAAAAGUACAAAUAUAUUUACACCCCAAAGAUUAUCUUCUUAACCUAUGUCGAUCAUCUGUAUUACCACGUAAAAGAUUUCAUGAUCACGGUGAGGAAAAUGCUAAUGCAAGACUGGAUUGAUAAGGUACAGGCUAAAGCGUUAGCAUCGAGCAAGUCCAGGGAAGACCUCCUAAAAAAACUAAAGGCAAGUGAAAAAAUAGUCCUAUAUAAAGAAACCGAUGAGGAUGUAUUAAUACACUUCUCAAAAUUGUUCAAGAUGGAGUUUGCAAAAUCUUUGGAUAAAUCGCUGAAGCAAUUAAUAGAGCAAUGCGUUGUAACUAAUUUACCCCUGCACAGCAUCUACCUGGACAUUUACAUUCUGUACAAUAUAAAGAACGUGGUGAAACUGCUCGUGGUGAUAGACCAGCUGUUAUGUUCCCUCUUUCCGUAUUACUACUUUUACGAAUUGAAAUUGAAACUUUUGCUUUUGCAUAUACAUAGGUGCCAUGAGGGGGUUGCUUUGCAGGAGGGAGCUCCAACUGGUGCGCUAUCACAUCCGAUUGUAGAUCCUACAAAUGACGCCACAGCUAUUGGAACAACCGAUGUGACAGUCAUGAAAAGCGAAGGGGACGAAGGCAAUUUUCCGAACGUGGCCCCCUCCACGAAUAACGCUAUUAACGCCAUUUCGCUUAUUAGAACCCUAGGAGGACGAAAAUCAGACGAGAACAGCACCCUCAUGUAUGAAGAAUCAUCUGUGGGCAACGUAAAUUACCAGCUGGACAAAAAUGGCCAGAGAGAAUUAAGAAAGUUGCUAAAACUGAGGAAGAAGCAGAAGCAAGAAGCCGAUGAAUGUCUGAACAGUCUUUACAGUAGUGACUCCAGCAAGAGUGACAACAGCAACUUAAAUGAACCUGGAAUGGAGCAUAACUUACCAGAGGAUGAACAGUUCAAUGAAAAUAAUGACAAUAAUAAAAAUUUAUAUUUAGACGCUUUUAUGAAUUUAUAUAUUAACUCCACAGAAGGAAUGGUGAACAGUUUACCGUCCCUGAGUGAGUUAAACGAUCUUCACCCUUUGAAGCAAUUGAAUGAGAAAAUUAGAAGCAAGCGGGAGGAGGGAAACCUCAACAGUAUUGUCUUACCCAUGUUGAAGGGGGCAAAGAUAAGUGACAUAAACAGUGUAGACAUGAGCGUAAGCAUGAUGGAAAAUGCUAAGGAUCUCCUAGGGGAAAACGAAAUAGACAACCAGUUUAAUAUAAAACAGAGUGAACAGUUGUCAGGGGAUGACCCCAUUACAAUGAAAAAGGAAGAACCAAAGAAAGAAAAACGAGCAAGCCUCCCCAAAAUUGAAAAUAUCCAUAAGGGCACAUAUAACGACAUGGCGUAUAAUAUAAAUGCUGUUGCAAACGUCGCCAAAAGUUUAAUGCAUUCAUCAAUAUAUGACCCCAUAUAUGUAAAGCUUUUUUACCUUUAUCUUUUGCCUGUCAUUUCGUUUGAAAAAAGAGUAGACGUAUUUUUAACUUACUCAUGCGCAAGAUACAAAAUUAUGAAGCCAUUAAUUUUUAUCCUUUUUUAUAAUAACCAUACGGGGACGUAUAUUCUUAAUACAGUCAAGCAGAUUUUUAAACAGGAUAAGUUCCUUUUUGAAAAAUAUAAAAGCACAUAUUUCAAUGGACUUUCCUUGAGAGAUAUUCCAAAGAGCCAUUUUAUCUUUCUGCUGCUCCUCUCCGUUUUUUUUUACGAUCAUAGGGGGGAGUCCCUCCUCUACAUGUUCAAACUGUUUUGCAACUACGACCAAGACGUCAUCAGCGACCAGGAGCGGGACAUAAAUUACAAGAAAAUACACGAAGACGUGGUGCUUGAAAAUGACCAAAAGUACACGGAGCAGAAGAAAAGCAUAAAUAUAAUAAUCAUAAAGUUUAUCGAAAUAUAUGAGGAGAAAUUUGGCACCCGCCUUUGCGAAUACUUUGAUUUCUACAGAAUAUUUUUUAUACUCUUUGCUUCGUGUGUUGACGUGGAGUAG